UUAGUUGGUAACUCUCUUCUGUUCCUCCAUCUGUCUUUCAAACUUCCUGUCGCGCAAAUAACUCUAAACUAAACACUUCCAUACACAAAUUUUCUCUCCCAGAAAAAAAAAAUAUUUUCAUUUCAUUUUCGAGUAAAAGUAAAACACAGUUCCUGAUCAAUGGCAUCUCGCCGCCGCAUGUUAUUGAAGGUCAUAAUCCUCGGAGACAGCGGGGUUGGUAAAACAUCACUGAUGAAUCAGUAUGUGAAUCGUAAAUUUAGUAAUCAGUAUAAGGCAACCAUCGGUGCAGAUUUUCUUACCAAGGAAGUUCAAUUUGAAGAUAGGUUGUUCACAUUGCAGAUUUGGGAUACUGCUGGUCAAGAACGGUUUCAAAGUCUUGGUGUGGCUUUCUACCGUGGUGCAGAUUGCUGUGUCCUUGUUUAUGAUGUAAACGUCAUGAAAUCCUUUGACAACCUUAACCACUGGCGAGAAGAAUUUCUUAUUCAGGCUAGUCCGUCUGAUCCUGAAAACUUUCCAUUUGUUGUGUUGGGAAACAAAAUAGAUGUUGAUGGUGGAAAUAGCAGAGUUAUUUCUGAGAAGAAAGCAAAGGCAUGGUGUGCUUCGAAGGGAAACAUACCAUACUUUGAGACCUCAGCAAAAGAAGGAUUUAAUGUUGAAGCUGCUUUCCAGUGCAUAGCAAAAAAUGCACUCAAGAAUGAGCCUGAAGAAGAAAUGUACCUGCCCGACACAAUUGAUGUUGGUGGUGGUGGACGACAACAGAGAUCUACUGGCUGUGAAUGUUGAGUGGAGAGAAUUCUAUGAACUAGCUUUAUUUGCUUGUUUUAUGCCAAAAUACUCAUGGAUUAUUAGCCUGCAACUACUUUAUUACUUAUGUAAAGCCAAGGACAAAAUUUCAAAAUUUAUUUUGUAUCUAUCUAGUGAAUUAGAUGUCCAUCAUGUUUUUCUUUCCUUCUAUUUAUUCCUCUUUAUCUUUAAUGUUUGAGACACUUAUGACAAAUGUUCCUCCAUAUCAGGAAAUGUAUGCUGAAAAUUGUUUUGUUC